AUGGCGUCCGCCGGAGGUUCAGUCGCACGUGCGCAUCACGCUCGCUCCUCUUCGGCGACCGUCGCGGUUAUCCCAGCUGAAAGAUUCGCAGUCCUGUCGUUUCCGCCGUCUCUAGGAAAUUCCACCGUUUCGUCCCCCGCAGCUGCGCCUGUCGGUGAUCCCGCAGCCAGACUCGCGGAAAGCGCGGCCUCGCCGUCCGCGUCUCCGUCCGCCAGACCCGCGGAAGCGCAGGCGGCGGGGGCGACCGUCCCCGUCGCCGCCGCGGCCGGCGGCGAAUGCGCAGCACAACCAGGUUCAACGACAGAACCACUCGCCGCAGCUCCGCUCCCCGUUCCUAGAUCUAUUAGUAGUAAAGACGGCAAGUGCGCGGAGUCGGCGAGUCAAUCCGACGGCGCCGGCCAUGGCGGCUGCGUGGCGUCAGAGCCUGCGCCGCGCGCCACCACGUCUAAUCCUCCCUCAAGCUACGGGCUGUCGCUGCAGCAGCUGCAACAUCUCGUCGCGCUCACAAACGCCAACGACAGCCCGCGCGACGUGGCCGCAGCCUUCCCGUACGCGGCGACGAGCGACGGGCGGCCCGGGCGAAGCCGCCUGUCGAUGAACUCCGCGCAGCGGCGCCUCGACUCGUGGAAUCGCGCGCGGGAACCCGUGGUGGAAAACAGCAUCGAGUAUAUCCGCGCGCAGCGGAAGCUCAAGCGGAGCGGAAGCGACCCCUCGUUACGGCAAUCCGCGCGCGGGGGGGAGGAUAGCAUGGGCGGCCCGUCGCGGCCGCUAGAGGGCGUCGUUUCGGAGGCGCGGAAAGUUGCGAUGCGCCGGUGGCUCCGCCGGUCGCGGAGCGCGCACACGUUGGGGGAGAAGGACACGGCGGCGCGCUGGAACGAGGCGAUGACGGCCAUCAUCUGGGGGCGUGGCGGCGCCGUCGUUUUUAGACGGCCAGCCGGCGGGAGUUCGCAGGCGCGGCCGUCAGGGGGCGAACGGUUGGGGAACGGCAGCACGCGGAGUGCGCCGGCAGGAAACGCGGCGCGAUACAAUUCAGACUACGCGUUAGGAAUACAUUUCAGACAGAAGCAGCAGCAGCAGCCGCAGCCACAGCAGCAGCAGCAGCCGCAGCGAGAGCAGCAGCAGGAGCACGGCACAUGA